AUGUCGCUCGCCCCAGAGUACUACAAGCGGGCCUGCAAACUUCCACUCAGAACCAAAGAAGCGCAGCUGCUAGUUAUACCACUUGGUCACUGUUAUGCAUGCUCAGACGAAAUCAACGGGGAUUACUACCAUUGCAGCAUUUGUGACUACUCAAGCUACGACAUCUGCGCCCCUUGUGUGGGAGCAGGCCGCCACUGCAUGCACCAAAACCACUGGCUUAUCAAGCGCAACACCGAGCAGGACAACACCAAUGGAUUUCCUACAGAGAUAUUGAAGACACAAUGGUCGCUUCGCCAGGUAAAAGGGGCACAGGGACCAGAGAAAGAUGAUGCGAUUUCCCAUGCGACCAUCCAGUCUCGCCACAGGAAGAAGUCGUACCCAAGGUCGCUUCGCCAGCCGCCGUUCGAUUACUGCUAUCAGUGCCGCGUCACCUUCCGCAGUGACCGCCCACCCCAGCAGCAUGAGCUGGAGCUUCAUGACACCUUGGACCGUCCAGUAACGAAGGACAGCUCUGUCGAACAGAGAAGACCAACAGAGUCAACCCAACGAUGGGUAAGGAAUGUUGACCCGGAGGUGCAAAAGAAGCAUGAAAUGAAAAUGAAAGAAAUGGAGAGGACUAUGGAUUUGGUCUUCCAGGGGAAAAUCACAGAGAAAGAGGAACGGCUGAAACGGACAGAACAGCAGCUGUACGACCUACACCACGAGAUGAAGGAGAUUAUGGCGAAGCAGCGACAUGAUAUAGAGGAAGCCAAGCGUCGUCUGCAGUCAAGGAAUAUGUCAGCACCACCAAAGCGUUGGGUCUUUUGGCGUGCGUGGGCUAACUAA